AUGGCCUCCUCGCUCUCCCGUGCGUUCCUGCGCCGCCAGCUGGCAGCAGCUCCUGCAGCUGGCCGAAUGCUCCUGCCACGUGUGUCGGGGACUGCUGCCCAGGCACGUGCCGGACGGUUGGCUCAUGCCACGUCCUCGUCGUCCGAUACGGCGUCGUGCCUCCAUCGACUGUCUGCACGUCGCUUCUACUCCUCGAACAGCUCCAGCUCUCCGCCGCCGCCGCCACCGCCUCCUCCGCCGUCGAGCCCCAAGCAGACGAUCAAGUUCUGGCCGUUUAUCGUCGUCAUCGCCCUCGGAUUUGGUGGCUACGCCGUGUUGGUCAACCAACGAAUGAACAUGCCGGAAGACCAGAAACGUGGCUCGUCCGAGCCCAAGCCGACCUUCUCCGAGGACGACGUGACGGUCGUGUUCGUGCUCGGUGGCCCCGGUGCCGGCAAGGGCACGCAGUGUGCCCGGCUCGUGCAGACGUACGGCUUCGCCCACCUCUCGGCUGGCGACCUGCUGCGCGCCGAGCAAGACCGGCCCGGAUCCGAGUUUGGCCAGCUGAUCAAGGACUACAUCCGUGACGGUCUGAUCGUGCCGAUGGAGGUGACGGUCAAGCUGCUGGAGAACGCGAUGAAGGCAUACGUGGCCCAGAACCCGGACCGGCGCCGGCUCUUCCUCGUCGACGGCUUUCCCCGCAAGAUGGACCAGGCCGUCGCCUUUGAGUCGACCGUGUGUCGUGCCAAGCUCGUGCUCUUCUACGACUGCCCCGAGUCCGAGCUGGAGCGCCGCCUGCUCGAGCGCGGCAAGACGUCCGGCCGCUCCGACGACAACGCUGCCUCCAUCCGGAAGCGCUUCCACACCUUUGUCGACACCAGCAUGCCCGUCGUCGAUGCCUACUCCCAGCAGGGCCGCGUCGUCAAGAUCGACGCCACCGCUACCCCCGACGCCGUCUUCCGCGACACCCAGGCCAAGCUCGCCACCCGCCUGUCCUUGUGA